AUGUUUUAUAAUAUAGGUGUGUGCCAGGGGCAUGUUUCCCUACUCUAACCAAUUCUUCUCUAUUCAUUUCCCCCGAUUACAACCGGCCGAGAACCCGAUCUUGUUUGGCCAGCAGUCUGUUACGGCGCGAAGAACGGGAACCACGUUAACUGGUUUACCCAACUAUAUCAUAUAUCAAUAUAUAUUUUUUAAUAACAAUAUAUUAACUCUUUUUUUUUUUUUUUUUUUUUUCUAAUUAUUAUUUUAAUUGUAUAUUGUAUUAAUUAACAAAUUAAAAAUAUAUAAAAACGAGCCAAAGUGGCCAUUGUGGCCAAAAAAAAAUACAAUUCAGUUUAUUAUUAAUAAUUUAAACAUUUGUUUAUUUAAUAUUAAAUAAAUAAUUUGUGAUAACGUGAUUAUUUAUUUUUAAUAAUAGUGAAUUUAAAUAUUUUUUUUUUUAAACAAGAAGAAUGAACUUGAUUUCUUGUGCUUAUGAAGAAGUAAAAAAAAAAUUAUAAAAUAUAUUUUUAAAAAAAAUAUAAAUACGAGUGCACGAUUAUUUGAUUCGAAGACCAAAUUUUUUGGUUUCUUAUUUUUUUGUUCUUGUUACUUCUGAUAAUUUGAUCGAGCGAAGAGACGGACACACCCGUGGAGACUCGUGACACGAGGAAGCACGGAGGCGUUCGAGAUGCUGACGGACAUGAAUCCAGCUGCGGCUGGUCAGCUUUAUCCACAACUACAGUCAAUGAGCAAAUCACCCGUUCAUGGACAUGUGGAUCAUCCUGGUCUUCGUGGCACCCCAUUGGCAAUGCUCGCUGCUCAGUGUAACAAAUUGAGCAAUAAGAGUCCACCACCCCUUGCCGAUGCUGCAGUUGGCAAAGGUUUUCAUCCAUGGAAAAAGAGUCCACAAAGUAGCGGCAGUUCACCACAACAUCCUGGAUCAGGCGGAGGAGGAGGAGGAGGUGGCGGAGGAUGUACGACAACUGGAGUGACGCAGAGACCAACAGCGACAAGCAGUGCAGGUAGCACCGGCGGUGGUUAUGCACGAGCACCAAUAACAUCAUGUGCAUCAACAGCCCCACAAUAUGGUAGUGACUUGUACUUUCCUGGUACAGCAUCAGCACAACCAGCUGAUCCACAUCAUCAUCAAAAUAGUUUAUUGGGAAAAGUUGAAGGUGCAACACUUGGUUCAGUAUAUGGAAGACAUCCAUAUGAAUCAUGGCCUUUUAAUACAAUGACUGGUGCAACACACGGUGGUAUUAAAGCUGGUGAUGGCUGGUGGGAUGUUCAUGGUGCUGCUACUGGAGGUUGGCUCGAUGUUAGUGGCACUGUGGGCGUUCAUGCACAAAUGGCAAAUUAUGGUGCUGAUUAUUCAACAAGUUUGGCAUUAGCUGGUAAUCAUUUGUUAUCAUCAGCAACAUCAGCUGGUCAUAAUUUAUUACAAGAUACGUACAAGUCAAUGUUACCUGGUGGACCACCUGGUUUUGGGCUACACUCACAUCACAGUCCUGGUGGUGGAGGUGGUGGGGGUGGUGGUGGUGGUAUUAAUGGUGGUAAUGGUGGUAAUGUUGGUAACAAUGGUAAUGGUGGUGGUGCUGGAAGUCCUCAAGGUGGUGCAGGUGGUGGUGUCAGUCAGGCACCAUCACCACGUUCACAAAGACGUUAUACUGGUCGUGCAACUUGUGAUUGUCCAAAUUGUCAAGAGGCCGAAAGACUUGGUCCCGCCGGUGUUCAUUUGAGGAAGAAGAACAUUCAUAGCUGUCACAUACCUGGAUGCGGCAAGGUCUACGGGAAGACAUCACAUCUGAAGGCCCACUUACGGUGGCACACUGCGGCACCUUCGAACCCACACCGGCGAAAAGAGAUUCGCCUGUCCGGUCUGCAACAAGCGGUUCAUGCGCAGCGAUCAUCUCGCGAAGCACGUCAAGACCCACAGCAGCAACAGCUCCAGCGGCGCCAGCAAGGCCAAGGGGGGAGCGGGGAGCUCCUCAGCAGAGUCCUGCUCAGACAGCGAGGACAACGUGAGCCAGCAGAGUCCCAAUUCGGUAGUCCCGGGUGUACCAGUGACACCACAGUCAGCCAACUCGGGCCAACAACAAUUACAACAACAAUCGGGUCAAGUGGGACUGGCAGCGGUGUCACAGGGCUCCCAGGACACCAACGUAGUAGUAACAUCACAGGUCAAUCACCAUCAAACGACAACACCCAUGACUCCAAUGCAGAUGCAACCCAUGACCCCACCACCAAUGACUCCACACCAUCCCCACCACCCUCAUCUCCCGCCUCUAAUGCACCAUCCACAUCAUCACGCAACAUCCGUACAAUCGCACCAUCCACACGCGGGGAUGAGCAUGCACUGAGCCCGGUGGGGCCCGGUGGAACCACAACGGGCUCCCUGGGCUCCCCAUCACUAUCCUCCUACCCCCUUAACAUGAAUAAUUUCAUUCAUCAACAACAUCAUCUUCAUCAAAAUCAUCAACAUCAUCAUUCCCAUCAACAACAACAACAACAACAGCAACAACAACAGACAUACAAUCACUAUCAACAAAAUCGUCAAAACAAUAACAACAACAAUAAUAACGCCUACUCAAUCACACAAAAUCCUGGAACUCCAGGCAAUGCUCAGACUCCAUCCCCCUCAUCCCCCGCACCUGUACAUAGUCUUUAAAUUCCUAUAUCGCAUUAAUUCCUCCUUAUCCUCCUCAAUUGUAUCCUCUCAUGAUAUUCUGAUCCAACUACGACACUUAUAUAUUUAAUAUACUUGAAUUCCAAGUAAGAUAAAAUGAAAAUAAUAAUAAUAAUAAUAAUUAUAAUUAUAAUAUUAAUAAAAAUAGGAAAAUAAUUAUCCUUUUAUCACAUUACACAGCUAUAAUGCAUCGACACAAAAUAUUACACGCAUCACACAUUUACUUUCUUUUUUUUCCUCAAUUUCUGUCUCCUCUCUCUCUCUCUCUUUCUGUCUCUGUCUGUAUCUAUCUUUUUAUGACUGUCUUUGUUGUCAAAUUUUAAUCUACUUGUAAAUACUAUACAUAGCGCGUGAAAGAUAAAUAUUAUAUUAUUAGAGUGAUAUAAUAUUGUAUUGAAAUAAAAAAAAAAAAGAAAAAAAAAAAAAAGAUAAUGUUUUAAUUAAAAAAAAAAUUGAAAAUAAAAAUCAACAAUUACACAGUACACGUACACUUACAUAUAAAUAUAUAUGCGUUCGGUUGAAUCGACGCGGUUGUACGAUAUUAUAUUAUAAUCUCAGCCCAGAUUCCACGCGUCUUAAAAUUAUUAAUUAAUAACAGUGCAAGUUAGCGACAGGUGAUGGGCAUAAAUGUAUUUUUAUUAAUAUUAUUUCGAAAAAAAAAAAAUCUAUUUUUCUUCAACAAUAAUAAUAUAUCACGAAGAAAUAUAGCUUUUUUUUUUAUUUAUCUUUUUUUCUAUAUUUAUAUUUGUUUUUAAUUUUUUCUUUUAUCAGAACUCCCAGCCCGUUGCAACUUUUGAGCAAAAAAGACGCGUGGAAACUUGUAUAAUGUGUACACUUUCGGAUGGUGCCCCAUAUCACGCCCACCCGUUUAAAUAAAUAAAAAAAAAAAAAACUUAGUAUCUUUACUACUAUUAAUUAUUAAUUAUUAAUUAACUGAAUUAUUAUUGAAGUAUUAUUAUAUGAAAAAAAAAAAAAACCAACAAAUUAUGAAAUUCAUUUUAAAGAGAUAAAAAAAAAAAUUAAUAAAUGAUGCUUUUGUGAGUACGAAAGAAGCGUUAAUGAUUAUUUAUGAUCACAUAUGCUUCCUAAACACACAGAUCCCAACUUUAUUCUUACUCUCUUUAUUUUAUUUUUUUUUGUUUUCUUUGUUUUAUUAUUAGAUAAGUCGACCGUUGUUUGAUUAUUGAUAAUUAAUACUCGGUCUUUUUAGUCAUUGCAAUUUUAUUUAUUUAAAAUAAAAAAGUUUAAUAAGCGGUUGCAACAACACACGAUCAUUUUUGUCAAAUAUAUUAUUAAAAUUAUUAAUAAUUAAUUGGAAUAAAUUAAAAAUAAAUUCAUUUACCGGUUGUAAUUUAAAUUGUUUAUUUAAAAAUGCUUGAAAAUGAUCCAGUGUCGUUGAAAAUUCAACAAUCGUCUUCAAAUUUAUCAACAAUUAUUUAUGAUAAAUAAAAUUGAAAUAAUUAAAACCCCGAUUACUAAUAUCAAUUGUAAUUAUUAAUUUUAUUUUUAACCAAAUUUCCAAGGUCUGAAUGCAUAUAUAUUUCUACGAUAUCCACGAAUGAAAAAUUAGAUUUAAUAAAUUCAACAUAAUAAUAUCAUACUUAGCCCCAGCACCAAUGACAAAUUCUCGUGUCAAUAAAUAAUAGAAAAUCAUUGUCAAAAAGUAAGGGGGGAAAGUCGUAUAAAGGGUAGAUGAAAAAGAAAAAAAAAAAGAGCAGAUCUUUUUUUUUUUUUUUUUUUGCGGCAAGUAAUAUCGCACGGGCUGUUAGUUCCCGGAUUUUUUGAGCCAUGAAAUGUCCCGUCAUAACAUAAGCUUUUGCCCCCACUAUUUUAUGAUGCACGUCGUUGUUGUAUUAUGUAUAUUUUAUAUAUUUUUUUUUUUUAUUUUUCCCUCCACCACACGCUAAUGUGACUAUUCCAUUUAUCGGUUAAUAUAUUUUACUUUUUUUCUGCCAUCAUCACAUCAGCAUUCGCGUUGGAUUUGGGGUGCACUAUCUACUUGAAAAAAAAAAAAAAUAUUUGUUCUAUUAACUUGAAUAUCUUUCCUCUAAAAAAAUAAUAAUAAAAAAAAAAAAAUAAAAUCCAGUUGUAAAUUACAAAAAUAUGUAAAUUAUUAUUUAAUUUUUUUAUUCAUCAUAAAAUUUGCUGAUUAAAUUAAUUAACAACGGGGCUUUGAAAAAGUAAAUUAAACAAAUAUUUUUUAAAUUUUUUUCUAUAGAUAAUUUGUAUAAAUAUAUAAACUAAUUAAUGGUCAACCUACAAGCACGAAAAAAAAAAAGCUUUGUUGUACUAAAUGUUGAUAUAAAAUUAAAUUCAUUUAAAUUCAAAAUUAAUCCGUUGAAAGAGAAUUGAAAUACAUGGAAUUUGGAUAUUGUAUAUAUCGUGCAGUCAUGAUGGCGCGCGUUUGGCAUGUUCGCAGUAGCAGACAAUUUGGGAAUAGCUGUUAAUCAAACUGGGAUAACCGAUAGCAGUGCUCAAUUUGGUAUUAUUAGCGAGAAUGACUUGGCUUCAUCACCCUCAUCAGAAUCAAUGGGACCAGAGUGGAUACACGAUACAACAGCCACUUCCGACUGCAAUAAAAUUUACUAAAUAAAAAACAAUAUUAAAAAAUUAAAUAAUAAUAAUAAUAAUAACAAUAACAAUUAAUAACAAUAAAAAUGAAUUUGUUUUUUUUUCUUUUUUAUAUUCAUUUGAUAUUGAUGAAUCCGUCUGGAUUAAACAAGCAGAGAUAAAUAAUAAGAUCGUUAUGCAAAUCAGAAAAUAGAUGGGUAUAUAUUUUGUUUAAUUUUUUUUUUGUAUUUUUUACUAGUAAAGUUGGGGGUCAUGCCACGACAAUUCGCGGGGGGUGCGGUUAAUGUUUAGUAGUGAUGCUUUCAGCAGGGUGCCAUUGCUUCUCGGUGAUUUACCAACCCAAGGGUGGAGUUGCUUUUGGUAUGGUUUGUUAUUCAAUUUAGAACGUUAUCCCCUCAGCCACUGUUCGCAUGCCAAAUUUAUAUAUAUAUAUAUUUUAUAGCCGCAUACAUUUUAUACAAAUGUGUGAUGCUUUUAUUUUUACUCACGUAUUAUUUUUUCAUACCCCCUCACUGUGUCACAAACCAAUCGUUCUUUGUUCCAUUGUCGCAAAAAGAAAUCAAUAGUUAUUUAAAAAAAAAAAAAAUUUUUUUUAUUUAUUUUUCAUCACGUUAUAAUUAAGUUAAUUUUAAGUUAAUUUUAUUUAUUUAAUCAAUGAUUUUUAAUGCUCAUUUUUUUUUUUUUUUCAAUCAUCUGUAUGUAAUUAUAAUUUUAUUUUAUUUCAGAUUUUUUUUUUUUUUUUUUCUUCUAGGCUUAUGAUUUUAAUUAAUUUUUAUUUAUUUUUUUUUUCUUAUCUAUGGCGAGCAUUGACCACGUGGGUGGUUUUUAUGUUUUUGACACUAAACAGCAUCAC